CUACCAGUACCAACCAGUGCCCGAUGUAAACAAAGAUGGGGAACUGUUGGUCGAUUGGGAUCUUUUUAAUCGUGUUUUUGGGGACCUUCUGCGUGUGGAACUGCAUGACCCGCGACGAGCCCGGGGACACCUCGGACUGGUACGGCUGCAGGGACCAGAAGGGCGCCCCCGUCGACUCGUUUGUGGUGUAUAAGCUGCCCCACGACCGACAUGCUCAGUUCGCGCCGCUGCAGGAGGGGACAGCCUACAUGUACCUCACCCCGGAGACAGCCUCAAGGUUGCAGAGUGGCGGCGUGUCGAGUGUGUUCAGUGAGUACCGGGACCUGGCCAGCGGGUGGGUGCUCAGCAAGGUCAGCAUCAGCAAUGAGUCCUCCAUGGUGGCACGCACGCUCAGCAGACUCUACUCCGACCCUGAACUCAGCAAGAAAGCUGCGUUCAUUCUCUACAACGACGAGUUUCCCAACGGCACAAAAUCCAUGACGAAAGGCCAUACCAAAGGCGUUGUGGUGAUGACCCUAAACGGAGGCUUCUGGCUCAUCCACUCAGUGCCGAUGUUCCCGCCACCGCCUGAGGAUGGGAGUUACUCCUUCCCGCACUCAGCCCAUCGCUACGGACAGACCAUGUUGUGCAUCAGCCUCCCCGCAGACCAGUCACAGAGCCUUGGGUACCAGCUCCUCCAAAACAACCCGUUCAUGUAUUCCGCCAACAUGCCGGCGUCGCUGUCCACCAAGUUCUCCCUGCUGACCAAGGUGAUGGAGGGCGAGCGGCCGUCCGCCCCCCCUUGGUACCACAUCACCUCCAUCACCUCACAGGGCGGCAAGACCUUCACCUCCUUCGCUAAGUACAGGAAAUACAACCAAGAUCUGUACAGUGGCUUGGUGGCUCCAACACUGCAGACGGACAUCCUAGUGGAGAGCUGGCGUAAUGGCCCCCACCCCCUCCCCUCCACCUGCAACAUGACCUACAGAGUGGAGAACAUACAGGAGGUGACGGCCCGCGCUCCCUCCACCAACUUCUCCACACACCGAGACCACAGCAAGUGGGUGGUGGCCGCCCAGCCCGACAAGCCCUACGUCUGCAUCGGGGACAUCAACAGAAUGGAGACGCAGUUCGAGAGGGCGGGCGGAACAGUGUGCAUGUCCAGCCUCAGCAUCUGGUACAGGUUCCACAACUUGGUGCAGACGGAGGAGGCUUGUCCCCUGGCUGUGUAGGGACGUCACCGCCUCGUCAACACUGUGAGGGAGGAAAGGGCAGGAAGGGAAGGCCAAAUAUAACUCUUUUUGUGAUGUAGAGGAGGUUGUCAGUGUGGGUGGGCGAGGGGGGUUGGUGUGGGUGUCAUUGUGGGUGUGGGAUAUAGUUCUUGCGAUAUAGAGGUGUGGGUGGGAGGGUGUGUAGAUGGGUGUUCUCAUACGUGUGGGAUGUUGGUUGGCGUGUUAUUGUAAGUGUUCGUAUAGGUGUGGGUGGGUGUGGGUGUCGCCCCCUAGCUCUCAGCGUGUCAUUCCGUGCUAUGGUUAACGUUUGACAAGUCUGGUCGUAAGGGUAAACAGAGACAGAGUUUUUGUUCACACUUUUCCAUGCGCAGUUACAAUAAGUCUGGUAAGAUGAAAAGUAAGCAUUCAUGUGUACAGAAGCGUAUAUUUGAGAGUGCAGAGGUGGGCGCAUUAUCAUUUCUCCUAAGCCUGUAAAUAGAUGUUAAUGUCAAGCUUGCAAAAUUGAUGUGUUAGCGGUGAAUACAGUGAGGCUUUUGACUAGUCCUGCUGGCGAAAGUAGUACAAAUUAGGAAGGCAUUGUUGAAAGGGAAGAAAAAUUAUUGGUAUCAUUAUUAUUAUUAUUAUUAUUAUUACGAUUUGUGUUUUCUCUUUUUCCUCUCUCUCUUCUCCUUUUCUCUCCCUCCCUCUUACUUUCCCUUCUUCCUUGUUUGUCUCUACCCUUUCUCCUCUUUCUCUUCUCUUCUCCUUUUCUCUCCCUUCCUCUUACCUUCCCUCCUUCUUCCCUAUCUUUCUCUUUCCUUUCCUGUUUGUCUUUACUCUUAUCCCUCUCUCUCUCUCUUCUCCUUUUCUCUCCCUUCCUCUUCCCUUCCCUCCUUCUUCCUUAUCCUUCUCUCUCCUUUUCCUCCCAUUCUCUCUUUUUAUCAGUGCAUCUUCUAACCUUGCUUUAUAAGACUUGGAAUUGUUGUUAUUACGAUUUGUCUUUCCUCUUUUCUUUCCCUCUCUUUCCUCCCAUCCUUUCUUUCAUCAGUACAUCUUCUAAACCAACAUUAUAAAACUCGAAACUAUAACGCGUCACUGUAAGAUAGCAAGGGAAAAUCACGUCUAUCCUUUCGUUCUGCACCUGAAAGCGAUAACCAUGAAUGUCUGUGCUACUGCUUACCUCUAGUGAUAAACAAUGUAUUAACAAGUGAGUAUUGUGGCUUGUGAUCCCAUAGUGUCGGUGCAACAAGCCACAGGUCACCGCAAGGGCCCCAGAGCUGCCACGGAACCUAACUAAACCCAUAUUUUUAAACAUAUCGGCACCUAAAAGUUCACCUAUUUGAAAAGCCUGUAUUAGAAGUUGCUGGGAUUUUCAUGGGAUGUUUUGUGAUCCUAGUGAUGGUUUUUGAUAACUUCUGCAUAUUAGGGAAAGCCGCUCAUGAAAGCCCUAAGUUCACCUAUUUGAAAAGCCUGUAUUAGAAGUUGCUGGGAUUUUCAUGGGAUGUUUUGUGAUCCUAGUGAUAGUUUUUGAUGACUCCUGCAUAUUAGGGAAAGCCGCUCAUGAAAGCCCUAAGUUCACCUAAUUGAAAAGCCUCUAUCGGAAGUUGCUGGGCUUUUCAUGGGCUGUUUUGUGACCCUAGUGAUAGUUUUUGAUGACUUCUGCAUAUUAGGGAAAGCCACUCGUGAAAGCCCUAAGUUCACCUAAUUGAAAAGCCUCUAUCGGAAGUUGCUGGGCUUUUCAUGGGCUGUUUUGUGAUCCCAGUGACUGUUUUUGUUUUUUUUUUUUUUUUUUUACAGCAAAGGAAUGAAUGGGAAAAUCACUCAUGAAAGCCCGGUUAACCCUCUCUGCGGCCUUGGAAAAUAGUCGUAAUGGGGAGCCCGAUAUGUCUAAGAACGUGGACUCUAUUCCGCUGGCCUCCGCAACCUUACCUGAGUCUGGGGCUAUGAUGCUCAAACCUAGUGUUAAGUUGACGUAAGUUCAGAAACCCAGGAAGUCUGCUUUACCGUAUAAUACUUUCCCCUACCUGUUGUUGCUCUGACAUUCAUUAGUCGUUAGGUAUCGUAAGUGUAACGUGACUUUGAGAUAUCUUUGACGGAGUGCUUUGCUUGUUGAGGGAUUGUUAGUGUAAAGGAUAGUUGAUAAUUAGUUACGUAGAAGUAUAGUAUUUGUUUUAAGGACACGAUUCAAUGGUGUUUGUGUCAUGUAUAAGUUUGAAUGUGACUUCAACUAUAGCAAUCAUUUAUUUGUUUUAGUCAUAGAAUUCUAGCUGUUGUGUCUUAGGUGAAUAGUGCCAUGUAUAAUUUUCAGUGUGACCUCAAGGAUAGCAACCAUUAAUUUCUUAUAGUGAUAGAAUUCUGAUGUUACAGCCAAGAUGAUGAUUUGUGAUGUAUAAUUUUCAGUGUGACCUCAAGGAUAGCAACCAUUAAUUUCUUAUAGUGAUAGAAUUCUGAUGUUACAGUCAAGAUGAUGAUUUGUGAUGUAUAAUUUUCAGUGUGACCUGAAGGAUAGCAACCAUUAAUUUCUUAUAGUGAUAGAAUUCUGAUGUUACAGCCAAGAUGAUGAUUUGUGAUGUAUAAUUUUCAGUGUGACCUUAGCGAUAGCAACCAUUAAUUUCUUAGUGAUACAGUUCUGCCGUUAUGGCCAAGAUGAUUUUUAAUGUGACCUCGACGAUAGCACUCAUUAAUUUCUUAUGGUGAUAUAAUUCUGACGUUGCGGCCAAGAUGAUUUCAGUGUGACCUCAGCGAUAGCAACCAUUAAUUUCUUAGUGAUACAGUUCUGCCGUUAUGGCCAAGAUGAUUUCAGUGUGACCUCAACGAUAGCAACCAUUUCUGAUAUUUCUAGUGUAUAGGAAGGCAUAGUAAGUCCCUAGUUCGCGUAGCGUAGUCUCAUGUGUAGUGUUCUCUUUUGUGUUAUCUCAAUGUUGGCUGUCAGGGCUUGGUGUGCUCUCCAUGUCUCUCGGUGUUGUGUCCUGCAAGGCGCUCUUAUGGGACCAGCAAGCAGUCCCCCUCACACAAAGACAGCUCUCGUGUUUUUGAUCCAGGUCUUGGAGGCUUGGAAAUACCUUGUGACCCCCGCAUACACACAGUUCUUAUACCGUGUGACCCCCGCAUAUGCACAGUUCUCAGAGUUCUCGCGUUAUGUAUCCAGGUCUCGGAGGCUUGGAAAUACCUUGUGACCCCCGCAUACGCACAGUUCUUGGGGCCCUUGUGUUAUGUAUCCAGGUCUCGGAGGCUUGGAAAUACCUUGUGACCCCCGCAUACACACAGUUCUUGGGGCUCUUGUGUUAUGUAUCCAGGUCUCGGAGGCUUGGAAAUACCUUGUGACCCCCGCAUACACACAGUUCUCAGAGUUUUUGUGUUAUGUAUCCAGGUCUCGGAGGCUUGGAAAUACCUUGUGAGUGUGUUUGCCAGUUUGUUGACCGUUCCUGGCAGUGCCCAUGUUAGGAAAGUGACAUGGGAAAAUUGAGGAAAACUAAGAAAAUCAAAUAUGGAUAAAAUUUUGAUUGGGGUAUUUGAUUUUUGGUCCUCAGGCUUUAUAUUUAUAUUUCAUACUUAUACUUAACUUUAUGGAACUUUUUACUUUUUACUUAUACUCAAACUUUAAACUUGAUACUCAAAAUUGAUACUUAUCUUUACACUUUAUACUCAAACUUUAUUCUGAACUGCAUUCUUUAUACUCAAACUUCAUAUUUUAUCCUCAAACUUUAAACUUCACACUUACACUUUAUACUUUAGCUUUAUACUUUAUACUCAAAACUUAUACUUAACUCCAUACUCACACCUACUUUACAUUUCAACUCUACUGUUCCUCAAUUUUCCGGGACACUUAAUUUCAUACUUUACACUUAAACUUUAAACUCACACCUUCUACUUUAUGUUUUAACUCACUACCUCCCCUGAAAAUCAUACCCACACCUACUUUACAUUUCAACUCUUGCUCAAAUUCUCCGAGACACAAAAUGGCAAACAUAUCCCAAACCGAAAGGCCGGACUGCUUGGUAAGGGACUGAAUGAAACCUUUGAAAUACUACAUACUUUUCUAACACACACAUUUUAUAUAUAACUCCUGUACAGUGUUAGGAUGGAGCUGACUAAGUGUUCAACAGAUCAUCUUUUUCGCCUGUAUUUUGUCAUUUCUGAAUCUGCGGUGUUGCUUUACCUUCCCUUCCUUUUACUUCGUUUUCCUUCCCUUCCCAUUCCUUUCCUUCCUAUCCUUUCCCUUACCAUCCCUUCUUUUUCAAUCUUCUCUCUUUUCCCUCUCUUUCCCUUCCCCUCCCUUCCCUUUACUUCGUUUUCCUUCCCUUCCCAUUCCUUUCCUUCCUAUCCUUUCCCUUACCAUCCCUUCUUUUUCAAUCUUCUCACUUUUCCCUCUCUUUCCCUCUCCCUUCCCUUUUCCUCCCCUCCCUUCUUUCCCUUCCAAUCCUUUCCCUUCUAUUCUAUGGCUCUCAUGUGUAUCUGUGGCCUGGUGACCUUCCUGUAUGUAAGUUCGACAGUUGUGAAGGUGUCUUACUAAAUGUUCACUGCAUUUUCACUCACUCAAUGCUCUCGGAAGAAUAACUUACAUCUCAUUUCAUACUUUUUUAUAUAUACGUAUAUAACUUUUGAUGUCUUUCUUUUGUACUUGGAUGGGGUAUAUAUGUUGACUGAUUCACACACACACACAUACGUCAUUUUAUUUAGUCGAGAACCUUACGUGUGGAGACUAUAGUUAGGUUUGAGCACUUACGAGGACACUGUAUGGCUGCAAAACUUCCCCUAAAGCUGCCAUAUGUCUGUGUGUCUGUGUGUGUGUGUGUGUGUGUGUGUGUGUGUGUGUGUGUGUGUCGGUUCACCCCUCGGACGUGUGUAUCCCCCCGUCAAGCUUCCCCCCCCCUCGCUCAUUCACUGCCUUUCCGUUCUUCGUUCUGUUUCGGUGUUGUGUCAGUCGGUCUGUGUCAGUGUGCCAUUCCUAUACAUGCAACGUUUUCUAUCAGUAUUAUUCGCGUGCUAAUGCUAUGAGGGCUUAGUGCAGAUGUGGCCAAGUACUAGUUCCUUAAGUUGACUGAGUGGAGGUGUGUGUGUGUGUGUGGAAGAUGACUCAAUGGAAGUUUGUGUGUGGGUGCAGGUGUAUGGAAGAUGUCUCAAUGUAAGGCUGUGUUCAAGGGUGUGUGGGUGUGGAAGAUGGCUCAACGGAAGUUUGUGUGUGGGUAUGGGUGUAUGGAAGGUGUCUCAAUGUAAGGCUGUGUUCAAGGGUGUGUGUGUGUGUGUGUGUGUGUGUGUGUGUGUGUGGAAGAUGGCUCAAUGCAAGGUUAUAUUCAAGGGGGUGUGUGUGUGUGUGUGUCUAUGUAAGGAGAUAUCUCAUUGUAAGGUUGUGUUCAAGGGUGUUUUUGGUAACGUAUAAAGUAAAUGUUAUUUUAAAUCCUACUGGAGAAUAUAGGAGACGAUAAGGUUUUGAACAUUAAGAAAGGAAAUAAAUGAAUGUUAAAAAAAAAUGCUGAAAACAGUUGAUAUUAAGAUGUCCUAUGUUAAGACUAAUAUUGCUGUGUUACGGACUGAUCGAGGCAAGAUGUCCUCUGUUAAGAUUAAAACUCCUUUGUUACGAGACUUAGAGGCAAGAUGUCCUAUGCCAAGACUAAAAUUCCUUUGUUAUAAGACUGAUAAAUGCAAAAUGCUCCAUAUAAAAAUUAAAAUCGCCUUGUUACGAGACUGAUCGAAGCAAGACGUCCUAAGUUAAGAUUAAAACUGCUUUGUUACGAGGCUGACCGAGGCAAGGCAUCCUAAGUUUAGAUUAACAUUUCUUUGUUAUGAGACUGAUCAAGGCAAGAUGUCCUAUGCCUGUUGAUUGUUGGGAAUAUAAUGUUACUCAAAAAUCUCCCUGGAAAAGCUACAUAUCCAUAACAUUUGAUUAAUUAGGCUUUCAUAGGUUCAGUAAUUCAUAUGUUAAUAGAAUGGAGUGUUGGAUUCUCCUCCAUAAUAUUUGUUUUGAUAUGUAUAACUACACAAAACCUUAUAAUUUUACUUCAUGCCAAACUUCUUAUAUUAUAGUCAAUGUUGUCAUCAUAUAUAGAUUUAUUUUUAUUGUCACAUGUAUUAUUGUUUUGCUUCAUAUAUACAGUGUAUUAGGUAAUGCAUUGCUGCACUAUAUGCUCAGUUUUAUCAUUAUUUACUUUUGUUAAGGUGAUGUUAUGUUACUGGAAAAUCUAUAAAAGUAUUGAUAAAGUUA